AUGGGGCAAAAAUUUUCGCGCGUGCUCACCAUCAAAUUGUUCAGAAAAAAAAAUUGCAUGGGAAUAAAUGUCAUCGAUGAGGACGAUAUUGACAAAAUGCAAUUGCAACAUCAUCUCCUCCGAGAAUACUGGAAAGGAAACUUUUCAGCACCAGUUAGAGAAAUUUUGAGUAUCGAUGGGACCAAAGUGUUGGACGUCGGAUGCGGCCCGGGUACUUGGACGUGCGAGAUGAGUUCCGAUUUUUCCAAAGCCAAUUAUACAGCCAUAGACAUAAACUCGAUGUUUCCGAUAAUCAAACCAAAAAAUGUUGAAUUUGUCCAAUGCGAUAUACUAAAGGGAUUGCCAUUUGAUGAUAAUACCUUCGAUUAUGUAUUCUUGAGAUUUCUCAUUAUACAUCUCACUGAAAUCGAAUGGGAGACUAUUGUGAUACGAGAGCUUUGUAGGGUUUGCAAACCCGGUGGCUGGAUUGAAUUGAUGGAACCCAUGAAUGAAUUACGAAACACUGGGCCAGUCACUUCGAAAUUAUGCGAGAAAUUUCAUACGAGAAUACGAAAUCAAAAAAGGAAUUUUAGCCGAUUCCAUGAAUUAAUGAUAGAGAAUCACCUGAUCAACAUUAACCAUCAGUGUCGCGAAAUGCCAUUCGGUCUAAAUGAUAUCAAGAGUGAACUAGGAUUAGAUAUCAUGAGAGAGAGGUUGAAAAAACAUUUGCAAUUUGAACGAGUGUACAAAGGAAAGAUUGAAGAUAUGUUGAACAAGGUCGCAGUGGAGGCAAAGGUGCAUAAUACAUACAUAGAAACCCAUAGGUUUUGGGGACAGAAGGAAUUAUCUUCUUACUGA